AGAGUCGGUCAGCUCUGAAGGGUUAAUUUGAGUCGGACAUGAUGACACUGAAACAGCUUGAUGAAUUAGCCUAGCUGUGUUUUAGUCCUUUUCGCCGAUUUUUUUUUUUUUUUUUUUGUCAGUCUUGUUUCCACAGGUGAGUGUAAUGCCUCCGUAGCCUUAAGUGUAAGCACGAGCUCGUCGGCAACACAGAAAUGUAACGCUCACGCGCCUGUACUGCGUCGUACUGUGCCGUCCUCAGCGCACUGCGUCAUGGCGACAGCGGGGAGAAAGUUACGCAUUUCCUAGCCGGAGUUUAUGGAAUAUCACUCCGGCAGCCAGAAGACACAUGUUGUUUGUCAAGUACCUGAAGCCCUAGUCUCAAACAGAGGCGACACUGUUAACAUGGAGGAGCCAGCUCUGGUGGCCUUGCUGGAGUGUCCUCUGUGUUUCCAGCAGCUGGAUGUGUCAGCUAAGGUCCUGCCCUGCCAGCACACCUUCUGCAUGUCCUGCCUACAGAGUCAGGAGGCAGCCCACUCCAAGCUGCUCUGCCCAGAGUGUCGGGCUCCUGUCCCAGCCAAGACUGUGAACGAGCUUCCCACAAACCUCCUGCUGGUGCGGCUCUUGGAGGGUCUCCAGGGCUCACAGGGGCCCAGCAGGGGUGGACUCACUGCCCACUACACAGUGCCCUUGUCCAGAGGCGGUUUAACUGUGAGGGAGGGAAAGCAGCAGGAGAGUCAACAUAGAGAGAAGCAAGGGCAGAAUGAGCUUGCCCUCAGAGAUCUGAUGCUCAACCAGAGAGCUGAAUCAACCAGGGAGCCAAUCUACGUGCUCAGUAAUGGUAACACCCAGAAACAUAAAGUGGAUGAGAACUGGCACCAUCUCGGAAACUAUGCUGACAGUAGCGGUUUGUCUGUCACUGCCGGCCCGCUGCAGGUUGUCAGCCAGAUCCCCCAGCUGCAGCCUCUCCAGCAGUCCCAACCUCUCUGCAGGGCGCUGUUCGACUUUAACCCCGGAGAGAUGAAUCAAGAAGACAGUAAAUAUUGUCUCAGCUUCCUCAAGGGGGACAUCCUGACUGUCAUCAGGCGGGCAGAUGAACACUGGAUUGAAGCCAAGCUAGGGGACAAAGUUGGAAUUUGCCCUUUGCAGUUUACAGAGCCAAACUCUGUUGCUGCCAAGCUGCUGGAGGGAAAAUCUCAGAGGGGGAGUGAAUCAGCAGAAUUUCACCAUCGCACUGGGAGUGGGAGCAAAGAAAAGGCCACUAACAUUCCUAAUAGGACCACCCUUUACGGGGUCCCUCAAGUCCCAGCAAAGACCCCCAUCACCAAUGCUUUGCCACUCUCCAACCAGCGGAAACAGCCUGCAGCCAGCGGCGACAACUUUUAUCAGACCAGCAAAGGAGAGACGACAAAAAUCAGCAACUUCAACAGCUUCAACCAUCAGGGUCAGUCGCAGCGUCUCUCCGUGCAUGCUGCAAACCGUGGCCUCUCUCACCCCUCCAGAGUGAACUCUCAGCGAAUUAGAAGGCACUCUGAAACUACGCACCGACACCUGUUACAGAGUGAGAAGAAGAUGACCAGUGAGACCCCACCCACCAUCUCCAUGGCCCUGGUAAACCCCCAAACGUCCUCUGCCUCUGCAGACAGCAAAAACUCCUCCACACAGCAGCUCUCAAUCAGUGUGUGUGCCGUCCUGUACUCCUACAAACCACGACAGCCUGAGGAGCUGGAGCUGAGGAAAGGAGAGAUGGUGGGAGUGUACGGAAAGUUCAAAGAAGGUUGGCUACGUGGGUUGUCACUCAGAACUGGCAAAGUAGGCAUCCUGCCCAGCAACUACAUCUCGCCUGUGCUCAGAACCUCGGCCAGACUCCUGGAGAACAAAGCAGCUAGUUCUUCCUCACAGUACAACACAGCAGCUGGAAAGAAACCCACAGCUGCCAAGAAUCCUGCUGUGGUCCUUGCUCUUGAUAGGGUCAACACAGGUGGAACGAUAUACUCAGCAGGACAGGUCCCAUCUGUGCCAAAUGGAGCACAGCAUGCAAUGCCAUCCACUGGUGCUGGAAAACCAUUCCUCUAUGGGGGCUCACAAGGUUGGGAGACGGUGAGGCGAAUCUUUAACCCUCAUAGAGGAUCAAACCAUUUCUCCCAAACAUCCAAUAUGAACAUCCCGUCCAACUCGCAACACUUUGCACAAGUUCAGGCGUCCGGCUACUCACCUGCCCUGCAGAGGAAGAAAAACAGCAGGAUCCUGUCCAAAUCCAGCAGACCACUGGGCUGGAUGACUGAGCCAGCAGCGCCCUCUGCUGCUGCAGGUUUUAAGGACAGGGACUUCAUUGCUUCGCAUGAGGCUGCAUUUCAGUAUGACAGGCAUCCAUCCAACAGGCCUCAUUCAAUACUAGUCAGACCUGACUCACACAAGAACAACACAGAUAAGCCUGCAAAGUCAGUGCGGUUCCUAGCAGAUGAAGACUCCCCUCCUCUAAGACUUCGGACCUCCUCCUGGUCAUCAGGAAGUCAGGUCCCCUCCAACGUCCGUCCUGGGCCCCCUCUGUUAGAGGUUUGGGCCCCAUCGCUCACCCUGGGAAGAGAUGGGCCAGGCAUCAUUCUCAAAGAAGGAAAGGUUCCUAUUUUUCGGCAAGGCCUUGAAACAACCAUCUCAGAUAUAAAUUCUAACCCACAGAAAUCAAUACCCUUACAGCCGUCCCUAUCUGCUGUGUCAGCUCAGUUCAGCCCUAGCAGACACAGAGUGACCUCAACACAUUUUGCCCAGACAGACUCUGAGCUCAGUCUGCUUCUAGGGGAGUUGGUACUCGUCCACAGACCUCGACCUGAUGGACGGAUUCUGGUUACUCAGGAGAGCAGUGGACAGACAGGCUUAUUCCACUGCAGUGUUCUUCAGGCCCUGGAGAGGCUCAGCUGACUGUGUAAUAAUGUUGUAGUACUGUAUAUUUCUAUAUUCCAUAUGGUCAUACUGCCAAAUGACUUGACUGACCUGCUGAACAACAAGACGGUCCAGUGGUCCGGUAUAUAGAGGUUCAAAGGUUAAUACUACCAAAUGACAAUCUUAUGAAGGAGGUGUUUUUUUUUGUUCUGAGUGCAUAUGAGACAGUGAUUAAUUCUACAAAGAUAUAUUGUGUACUUCCAACAUAUGUGCAUGUCUGUAACACAUGUACUAUUGUGAGAUUUGCACAAAAACCCACCUAAUGACUGUUCCUCGUUGAAUACCCAUGUUACACACAUUGGAUAGUGCCUUUGUCAAAACCCACAAAGAAAACAAACUAUAUUUAAAUAUAUUCAGAGACAUUAUACAGUAAAAUAUCUGUACUGAUUACUUGGUAAUAAACUCUACUUCCAGAACAUUGGUA